AUGUCACAGUGCCCCUUUGAGACUAAACCAAUCCCCAUCACUGCCCUCGGUUCCAAGUCCAUGGAAAGAAGAGUCAGCAAGGCAGCUGCCGAUCCUGCGAAAUUUAACACUGCACCGGUCAGAUUCCGGCCUUCCAAGAGACCAAGUUCAUUGGCGGCGCAUACCUCAAACCAACCCCUGCACUCCUGGCAUGGGAUUCACAAUGUUGUCCAGAAGAAUCUCAGCCUACAGAUGUCGACGGGCCAGUCUAGCGAGGCCCAAAGGUAUCAAAGCGUGUCUUAUUCCGGGUCUGGCCGCUGGGAUGGCACUGCCGAUGAUGUGCCGCGUCCGCCGGCAAACCUCAGUGACUGGGAAUCCCGCUUGAUUGACCAACUGAAUCGUAAAGUCAAAUGGGUGUACGAUGAGAUGACACCAGGACAGAAACCGUAUCAAUUCACACUGCUUGCCAACCACUGGCUCAAUCGAGAAACUUGGUUGGUGACCGAUCCAGUUUCGAGAGUCUCUACCGAUUAUCGUAGACGGUGGGGAGAUCCUCGAUGUCCCAGACCGGAUGAUGGCGUCAGCGAGGUUUCCAAACGCAAGUACCCCGAAGUCCCCCGAGAGCGAGCUCGCAUUCCCCGUCUCGAUUCAUGGCGAGCUGCGGUCAAUAGACAGAGGUCAAUGACAGGAAAUCAAAAUGUCCUUCGCUCCAUUCAACUAUACGAAGGGUCGGCCGAGGAGCCUCCGGAUGGACAUAUCGAUACAGCCGCCUGGAUGUUACCCAGGCCGCCACAAGGAUUUGGCAUGUCAACGAAGCAACGGAAUGCCUGGUAUGAGAGGGGAACGGGGUGGUCGGAGAAGCUGGAGGACUGGCAGCAGGUUGGCCAUGGAUAUCGCCUUGAUAAGUUCAUCCACGAAGGUCGCGUAAAUCGAACUCGCGUCAAGGAAUUGGCAUCGCAUAUUCAAAAGGGCUAUCGCACCGCAUCGUCCAAACUGCUCCCAAUGGAGCUGGAACAGUGA